GGGAUCGCCUACCAAAUGAACCAAACCCAACUUUUAGUACUAACCACAAUAAUAAGAAGCCACAAAAAUGCAUCGCAAGAUAUUGGUCAACAGUGUUUGAUCUAAACGCGUGGAGUAGUUGCUUGUAUCUUCUCCUGAUUUCACCCGUGAUCUCGAGCUUUGCAUUCUUUUGGGUAUUCUUUACAUUUAUUGGCGUUGUAAUUUCCUUAAUAUUUCCGCCUGUGGGAUUCUUCUUGGGCAUUGUAACAGUAUGGUCAUGGCGCGCACUUGGUCGUCUCGAAAUACUUACCGUACAACUAUGCACCAUUGCUACGCAUAAAUCUCCGUACUUAACUAAAAGUCGAUUUCAUCACAUAAUUCAUCUGCCGAGUUCUGGUGGACUACUUACUUAUGGAG